CAGCGCUGCAGUCGGCGGGGUUGCGUUGCUCGGAAGGGAGCGGGAUGAGACGGGCGGACGUGGCGGCUGUGGCAGCGGAGGAGCAGCAGACGGCGAGGCGGUCCCCAAGGCUGGCAAGCGGCGGCUGCUGCGUUGCGCCUGGGAGCUUGCGGUCACUCACGCGCUGUCGCACCCCAACAUCGUUCAGGCUUAUGCGGUGUUCACGGACGUGGCUAUCGUACGCGCGGCGGAGGGGCGCGGUGCCCCUCACGGCGCCCACCCCUCAGGCGCCCACCCCCCGCCCGCGUCCACCGCAUCACCCUCGCCCGCCCAGCACCUGCGACUGGUGCACGCGGACGAUCCGGUGAUGCGGGGAGCUAGCCAUAGUGUUCCGCUGUACAGCGCCCUGUGCCUGGAGUACUGCGACGCCGGCACGCUGCUGUCAGCGGCCAAGGAGGGCGCCUUCCGCCUGAGACCCCCCGCCACAGCCGCGGGGGCCGGCGCUACUAGCACCCGUCAUGCGGACGGCAGCGGCUGGCCCACACCCAUCCCCGCUGCUGUUACUGCUGCUGCUACCAGCACCGCACCUUCCUCCUCCGCCCCCUCCGGCUCCACCUCCGCCCCCGCCCCCGGCUCCUCCCCGCUGGUGCACCUGUACCUGAGCCUGCUGGAGGUGGCGCUGGCGCUGCGGCACCUGCAUUCGCGCAGGCUGGUGCACGGAGACCUGAAGCCCGCCAACGUGCUGCUCCAGAGCAGCAGUCGGGACCCCAGGGGCUGG